AUGAGGACAAUCCAUCAUAUGACGAAUAUCGAAAGCCAAAAGAGGUUAAAUAACGUGGCGCGCGAGGGAGCUGCGCGCAACGAUGCGGAACGCGAGCGUCGCGCGCGCGGCGACUGGGAGGCUCGCGCACGCGCCGCUGAGGCUGAUGUCGCGCGGCUGGCUGGCAAGUUGCACGCUGCCCAGCGAGAGAUUGUCAGGUAA